AAGAGGAGAUGAAGACGUCGUCGUCGUCAUUUUCUCAAAAAAAUUUGCGAUCUGCUGAAGGAAAAAUGAAAACUUUGCCCCGUUCGCUGCGCUGCUACUGCUACAGUGUCCGUGCUUAAUUCAACGUAAUUGUGGGUGGCAGUCCUAAAAGGUGGUUUAAGUUCGAGUUCCGUGAAAGCGAAAAGGGGUUUGAAGGUGGUGCGCCAGCAUGGUGAAGAAGAAGCAGUGCGAGUUUAAGGACGAAGACUCGUCGACGGAGUCGAACGACGAUGCGCGCGUCCGGAAUCCGGCCGCCGGGGAGGUGUGCGUGCACGUGAAGAACUCGAUCCACACGCAGACGGUGCGCAAGCGGGUCAAGUCGGCCGGCGGGUUGGACCAGGCGUGUGGCAAGUGUGCGGAGAGCAAGAGCGCGGGGAGGGCGGAUCCGGGCCCGGAACCGUUGGUGAGCGAUCUGCUGGACUACGACGAGCCGGAUCCGAGCCUGUGGAUGUGCCUGAAGUGCGGGUCGCAGCUGUGCGGACGGUCCGUGAAUCAGCACGCGCUGGAGCAUUACAAGACUCCCCGCUCGGAAUCGCACGCGCUCUGCCUCAACACGACCCGCUUCCAGGUGUGGUGCUACCAGUGCGACCAGGAGGUCAACCCGAAGGCCGUGCCCCGGCUCGCCGACAUCGUCGACUACGUCCGCCAGGAAGCCAAAGUGGCCGCGAUGAAGAACGUAACGAACGUGGAACAACCGCCGCAACCGCCGACAAUUGAAAAUCUGGAGCAAACCAUCGCCAGUGCGGUCAACUCGAUCCGGACGCUGGCUGCCGGUGGGGACGGAGAUUCAACGGCCAGCGGCGUUACGAACAGUACGAUGGUUUACGGGCCGCAGCCCAAGCCGACGACGACGUCGGCGCCGAAUUACCGUGACAUCCGGUUGGACAUUGGCGGAGGCGGAACCGGACGGAAGUUGCCUGCGAUUGCGACGAGCAGCUUGUCCAUCGUGGACAGUUUGCCGCGGCUGCGAGGUCUGUCGAAUUUGGGCAAUACCUGCUUCUUCAACGCCGUUGUUCAGUGUCUGACGCGGACGCCGUAUCUGCUGGACGUGCUGCGGGAAUCCUCCGUCCAGGGUGAAAAGUUCCAACUUCCCGGAGGCCCACUCAAGCUGAAAGAUGGAACGGUGACCGAGUUGAGUCCAAUCAGCGGCGAGCUGAACCCGUGGGGAUCGUUCACGCAAGUGCUGGCCGAAUCCCUGUCCGAGCUGCAAUCCGGCGGCGGAGUCUUCUCCCCGUCCAAACUCUUCUCCCAACUCACCAACAAAUGGCCCCAAUUUGCCGGCAUGGACCAGCACGACUCGCACGAGCUGCUCCGGCACCUGCUGGAAAGUGUCCGCAGCGAAGACCUCCGCCGUUACCAGCUGGUCAUCCUUCUUUCCCUCGGCUACGGCAAACGCGUCGACCCAAACACCGUCGAGGACACCAUGAAGGAAAAGAUCAAGUUCUACGGCACGCAAGCCUCCGAGCGCAUCCUCGGCCCCGAACCCGUGUUCCGUGGCUUCCUCGUGUCCACCCUAACCUGCCAGGACUGCUACCACGUCUCCGCGCGGCACGAAUCCUUCCUCGACCUGUCACUCCCAAUCAACUCGGAGAAACCGCAACCCCCGAUCCGGCGAAAAGGCAGCCCCGAACCCGACUACGGCUACAGCGCCUCCACUUCCGGCGGAGCCACGCCAAAGCCCCUCAGCAGCCGCGAACGACGCCGCAUCAAGAAAGCCACCAAAACAAAAGAAAAAGCCGAAAAAACCCAACAAAUCAACAACGAACCUUCGGGAGAACCCGAAGCCGACAACGGCGGCGACGCCGCCGCCCCCGAAUCCGACAAGGACGACGACGGCAUGUCGGACGCGGACGUCGAGGACAACCUAACCGACGAUUCGCAGCCGAAAAAGAGCGUCGACCAAAACGGCAACCAAUCCGGCGGUCCGGAAAAGCGUGACGACGCCCCAGAAAAUCCGAACAAAGAGGGCGAGUCGUCGAACGUGGUGUGCGAGCUGGGUCUCAGUCCCGAGGGGGUGGCCAACAUGAUGGAGAAGAUGAGCCUGGAGCAGCAGGAGGCGAAGGCCAAGGCACGCCGGCAGCGCACCGUAAGUCAUGCCGACUGGGGGAACACGCUGGCGCCGCGGUAUCAGUGUGAGGACAACGAGUGUUCGAUUCAGUCCUGUUUGAAUGCGUUCACGGCGGUGGAGCUGAUGGCGGGGAAUAAUAAGGUGUGCUGUGAGGCGUGUACGGAGCGGAUUAACGGCAAGGAGGGGAAGUCGGUGAAUACGAACGCGACGAAGCAGUUUUUGAUUUCGUCGCCGCCGGCGGUUUUGAUAUUGCAUUUGAAGCGCUUCCAGGUCGGUCCCCGUGGCAUGUUCCGCAAGAUGACCAAAACCGUCACCUUCCCGUUCGUCCUGGACAUCGCCCCGUUCUGCGGCUCGCGCGUCAAAAAGCUCCCAACCGUGCGCCCCGGCCAGAAGAAGCUCCUCUACUCGCUGUACGGCAUCGUCGAGCACUCCGGAACGAUGCACGGUGGCCACUACGUCGCCUACGUCAAGGUCCGUCCCCAGCUCGCCAAGGACGACCCCCGGUGGACGUUCCUGCCAAAGGGUUCCAAAGCCGAACUGGACCAAAAGGACGAAGAGGCGAUCCAGCUGGAGAAGGAACUGGCCCGGGAGCAGGCCCGCGGAAUGACGGCGGCGGCCGCAGCCCGUGACAGCGACGACGCGCUCACCUCGUCCAGCAGCACCUCGUCGAGCCGAUCGUCCACCGGAACCACGUCCGACGGGGAAGAGUGCGAGGGUGCGGUCGGGUACACGCCCAAGCCGGAACUGCUGCCGGACGUGGAUCCGCCGCCCGGCAAGUGGUACUACGUGUCCGACAGUCACGUGCGCGAAACGACCGAGGACAGUGUGCUGAACGCCCAGGCCUACCUGCUGUUCUACGAGCGGAUCUUCUAAGAUACUUUUUCUUCUUUUUUGGUGCAUUUAUCAAACAGUGCAGAGCGUCAACGGCCGUAAAACACACACAGUUUUGUUUUGUUACUCUACACAAUUAUUAUUGAGAAAGCGGAAGCGAACAAAAAAAACCCACAAUCAACCAAUCCCCUUUCUUCUUCUUUUUCACGAUGAUCAUGAUGAUGAUGAAGUUGUGUGCGAGUGUGUAUUUUAUCGUAACUUAUUUUACAAAUGAGAAAAACUUAACACAAAAAUCAAUCAAGUUCUGCUACUUCCCCAAAUCAAGUGUUAUUCAAAAAAAAGCUAUCCAUUUAAAAAAAAUAAAAUUCAAAAUCUAUCUAGAAAUUGUAGGGUUCUUUAGAGCGCUAAACGAAACAGAAUAAAAAUAAGCUGGAGUUAUGCAUGAUUAGUAAUGAUAGGUUUAAAAAAAAACAGGCAUAAACUUUUACUCGCUGCAAAUAAGAAAAAAAAAAAAGAAAUGGGAUGAGAUUUUGAAAAAUAAAUUGAUUCAAACAAGCAUGGCAAGUGCAUUACUUCUAGCGAGUAAGCGGAUGAGUUAAAAAAUGAAGAAUGAUGAUAACCACAAUACGCAAAGAAACAACAAUAAAGGGAA